GAAAAAUGGCGUCUCACUGACAGCAGAGGAGCGUUCAUUAUCUAGGUGGUAAAUGGAAAAACAAGGGGUGAACCACCGCUGAAGCAUCUCACUUCAGCAUACAUCGUGCAUUUCCCCUCUCUGGGUUUGCACAUCAGCUGUACACAGAGGUCAUUGAUGGUACCGUGGAAAUACAACGAAUUCAAGGAGAGUGUCACGCCCACCCUACCGAAAAUACGGGAGUGAAAGCGCUCUAUCAGGAAAGCCAUUAAGCCAACCUGCGGUGUCAACGCAGGGGCUUGCUAGCCAUCCAGCUAGCUCAUUAGCCGCAACUACAAGCUGCACGGGCGUCGCUCAACUGACACUAUUCGGUGGUGUUUCUUUUCGCUGACAUCACGAUGUCUGUAGCCGGGUAGAGCACUACGGUAGUCUUAGGUCCUUAAUUUUAAUGUUCGACCACCCCGCAAUUUUUCCAAGGGGAGAGAGAUGGGCUCAGGGGCCGUGGAUUCGUCCCAGUGGCUGUCAGUGAAGGAAGAGACUAUUUUCCUUCACGAUGGGCUCAUUCGGGUGACCGACUUGGCCGAACUGCCCAGUGAGAUUGGGGUUUCGGAGCAAGGGGACACCGAACAAGAGAUCCUCACCUUUGAGACGAAGAACCCCGUGGAGCUAGCGGAGCGCCUGCGUGCGGUGUGCGGCAACCAGAGCAAUGCGUACGCACGGCUGCUGGAGUACCGGCUCAAUGCCCUACGCGGCCUGUGGGGGGCGCAGCGGCAGCUGGCCCUGGAGGAGCAGCAGGACCGUGACCCCGGUGUCCCCGGGCCCUCGGCACCUGGCCCCGUUGUGGGCAGUGGGGGAGGAGGGGCCGGAGGAUCCGGAAUUGGGGGCUCGUCCGGGAACGCGGGAUCGGAUGAGGAGGCCUUGGCUUUGCUAAAGCGGCAAGGCGUGCUGCACCACCACCACUCGCACGGUCACCACGCCCACCAACAAGGGGGACAUGGCGCGUCGGGUGGGCCGGAACAGGCGCCCUUCACCUCCCGCGUUGGCCUGCUGCUGCUGUUCCCGCUGCUGCAGUCCCAGACGCGCAGUGACCCUGCGCUCUGCGGCGUGACGGCCGAGGUGCUGCUGACGUGCCUGCGCGACUGCCAGCCGCUCAGCCUGGGCAAGGAGCCCGCUGACUGCCUAAACGGCCUCGAGGGGCUGCUGUGCACCUGGUUGGAGGAGGGGGGCAUCGGGGGCGGCGUGGGGGCUUCCAUGCCCAGGCCACUUCACGGGAGGCAGAGGGAGAACGCUGCCGCCGCCCUGGUGGCACUCGCCUGUGCCAGGGGUUCCCUGAAGACGUUUAUCCACACAGUCCACCUACUGCAGAAGCAGACGGACCUGGGCCAGCUGCCUGUGGCGGACGUGUUGUACAGGUUGCUGCUGCUGGAGGGGGGUCCAGGCUCCCCGUCGUGUUUACUAGGGGGGAAGCACAGCGUCUCCUGGGGCUUCGAGGACAUGCUGCCCACCCCAGACAGCAACGCCGCCGGAGCCGAGAGCAAAGAUACAGACCUUGGUCGGUGUUUGGCGACGGACGGCCUCUAUCUGUACACCACCAACUCCUUUGGGAGAGGCCUAAGCAAACUGGGCUCGGGGCUGCACGGGACGCUGAGGGGUUUUGUGUAUUGUCGUAACGAGGAGCUGGAGCCUGGCUGGGUGGUCUACAGUAGCGGACGUCUGCUCCAUCGGCCCGCCUCCUUCGAUGCCAAACCACAACAUCUCUGCCAGCUCAUAGACCCACACACACUACAGGUGGUCCAGAUAGUGUCCAUGCCCCCUCACCACUUCCCAGUGGGCAGUAGUCUGACGUCUCUGCACCUGUGUUCGGACGGCACCUACCUGUACUGGGUCUGGUGCCCCGUCAGCCUCAACGAGAAGACCCAGAAAGGACACUCCGUCUUCAUGGAUGUCUUCCAGCUCUCCACGCAGUCGGGUUUGUGCGUGGUGGAGGUGCUGCAGGAGCGCGUGAUCCUGUCCCGGAAGGAGGGCGAGUCGUCCAAGUGUCUGAACGAGCUGCUGCUGAGCCGCAUGUCGCGAUUCAGAGCCUCCCACUCCGCCACGCUCGCCGCCCUCACAGGGUCCGCCAUCACCAACCCCGUCAAGGAGGAGCAGUCAGUGGUGAACACCAGCUGUGGUCUGCCGCUGAAGACGCUGCGUAAGACGCCCAUGUACGUGUGCGGCACCUACCUGGUGAUGGUGGCACCUGCUCCCGGCGUCGCCGGCAGCUCCGCCACACGCUCCCUCUUCGGAGGCACCAGCGGCCUCUCCUCCCUCAAGAUCUUGGCCUCCAGUCUGGUGUUCAACUUGGCGGAUGGGCAGUUCCUAAGCCGUGUGGACCUCAUCGACGCCCCUGGCAGCUCUCUGGGACGUGGGGCCCAGGUUGGGGGACUGGGGGCCUGCUAUGAUGCCCUGAACAACCUGAUCUGGACGUGCUCCAGCGACUACAUGGACCAGUGGUGGAACCCUGGCAACCAGGCCUUCCAUCACGUCUGCCAACGCCUGGGGGUCAGCCACCUCAUCAGAGAACCCACAGACGAGAUGGUGGAGACGGGUCACGUGAUCAGCCAGCUGUUGCACCACGUGGGUGCCAUGUGCAUCCACCAGCUGAACCUGCUGGCGGCGGGCGGAGGCGGCGGGCCCUCGGCCAUGCCCCUGGGCGCCCUGCUGGGCAAGCAGCACCCCAUGGAGGCACGCCACUUCAGCAGCAUCUGCGACAUCAUGGAAAAAGCCAUGGUCAACGGGGACACCUGCAUCAUACGCUGCAUACUUGUCGUCUUUCAGGUGGUCUUCCGGUUCUUCAACCCCCAGUCGGAGCAGAACCGUGAGAGCGUGCGGCGGGCCGGCCUGUUGCUGUGGCAACUGCUGAUGGCUCCCGUCGACCAGAUAGGAACUGAGAUACAGAGGGAGGUGUGCCUGGCCAUCAGUUCUGGUCUGAAUAUCCUGUACCCAGGGGAGACGGACUUUAACAACUUGUUGAAGCUGGUGCUGACAGAAGGUGAGCGGAACAGUGGCCUGUCUCAGCUGCGAGACGUGAUCCUCACCAACCUGUCUGACCAGCUGCAGAAGAACCGCUUCGGCAGUGAGGACGAUGACCACUACAGGUUAAGUGAUGAGCUGCUGCACUACAUCCUGAAGACGGUGGUGAGGGAGUCCUGCCUGCUCAUCACCAAAUGCCAGACGGUCGCCCGCGACGACUUCCACAAGCUCCUGGCCACCGUACCGGUGGCGUCCCCCAGCCUUCGCUACCUCAUGGCGGUCCAGAACCACCUGCUGAGCAACACCAUCCUGCUGAGGCCGGACGAUGCGGACGACAGCGACAGCUCCCUCCAAGGGGAAACAAUGAAGGUACAGGAGCUGCAGACGAGCAUCCUGUCCCUGGCCACCAAGAUCCUGGUGGGCUGUGACGAGGUGCUGGAGACGCUGCAACAGGUCACCACGGCGCUCAUCAACAGCGACAUCAGCGACCGAGACGUCAGGUUGAAGGGUCUAGAGCAGGUAACCAAGGCAACCAUGCUGGGCCACCUGUUGCCGGUGCUGUUGACCUCCCUCAUGCAUCCCAACCUGCAGACGCUAACGCUGGCAGACGCCCUCAUGCCACAGCUAGUACAGCUCGUAUUAUACACCAGCCAGACUGCUCUGCUGCUAAAGACCCAGUCCUCUCUCCUCAUCGAAGGAAGUCCUCUGGAGAGUGGCUCCCUACGGCAAGGGGCUAAGGCACCCCCUACUGACGACAACCUGCGUAUCCUAGAGGAGAGGGAGGAGCCGGGCUUCCUGACGGGCCUGAAGAUCCCCGCCCCCUGGGCCGCCGGCAAGACGGUGGAGACGGUGCACCCGGUGCGGGACAACUACAAGUUCAAGGAGACGGUGCACAUACCGGGCGCCCGCUGCCUCUACCUGCGAUUCGACCCGCGCUGCUCUUCGCAAUACGACUACGACAAGCUGGUCAUCUACGCUGGCCCCAACACAAACAGCCGCAAGGUGACCGAGUACGGAGGCAACACCCUGGGAUACGGCAGCCGCAGUGUACUGGGCACGGGCUGGCCCAAAGACCUCGUCAAGGUUGAGGGGGACACGGUGACCUUCUCCUUUGAGAUGCGAAGCGGCCGGGAGCACAACACGCCAGACAAAGCCAUGUGGGGCUUCUCAUGCACUGUCAGAGCUCAGGAGUCGUCUGAGGACGUGUCGGGGGGUCUUCCCUUCCUGGCGGACCUGGCCCUGGGUCUGUCGGUGCUGGCCUGCUCCAUGCUGCGCAUCCUCUACAACGGGCCCGAGGUCACGCCAGAGGAGGAGGCAUGCCACGACCUGCUCUGCUCCAAGCUGCUGCAGAGGUGCCAGUGGCAGGUGGAGGCUAACGGUGCCAUCUCCCCAGCGCUGACCCCCAGCCCCUCCCCGCUGCCGCUGACCAUCGACGAGGAUCGGGAGUUCACCUACCCGGCCGACGCCCUGGUGCCCCCGCCGGGCCUCAUGCCCGCCGCCUACUGUGACCUGCCGCGCAUACGCCUGCCGCCGGGCAUCAUGGGACGCCUGCGCGAGCUCUCGGGGCGCGCAAGGCCGCAGUUCCGACCCAGCAUCAAGGAGGUGAUCCGUCCGGACGUGAUGGAGGAGGUGAUUGUGUCGUGCGUCAUCAAGCACCUGAUGAUGGUGGACGCCCUGCAGUCCCUGGUCAACUUCCAGUACCGCGAGGAGCACCCCGAGGAGCACGACCUGCUGUGCAAGAUCAUGGCAGAGGCCUUCAAGAAGAUCAACGCCAUGCAGAGACAACUACAGAGUGUGGCAGAGCUGGAGCAGAAGUGGCAUAACGAGGUGGAGGAGGCUCACCAGGGCAAGCUGGAGAACAACACGCCAUUCUUCCAUGACUACCACUUCUUCGAGAACAAGAUGAAGGAGCUGGAGCUGCUGUGCUCCCUGAAGGAGGUGCCUCUGGACUGGAGUGACCUGGAGAACGUGGUGAUGUCACUCAGGGAGAAGUUCUUCCAGGAGGUGUCUGGUGUGCAGCAGGGUCGCUGCUCUCCAUCCAUGGUGAAGACCAGAGCCCUGGUCAGGAGCCUGAUGAACCGCACCGAGCUACUGCUACACGUCACCAUCGCCCCACACUGUAGAAGCCUUACCACCACACCCACGGGCACGCCAGCGUGUAAGUCAGUGUCGGACACUAAGACGGUGUUGCCCACGGUGAAGCAGCCAGCCUUCCUACGCAGCAUGUCAGCCCCCUCAGACCUGGAGAUGAUCGCAAAUCAGGACCUGGAGUUCACACAUAGCACACAGAGGAGGCGCCACCACCCCACCAGCCACCGGAGCAGCUCGUUCACGCUGCUGCAGUCCCUGGCCAUCGAGGACAACCGGGACCGGCCCACCUACAGCGUGCUGCUGGGACAGCUCUUCGCCUUCAUUGGCACCACGCCGGACCAGGCCGUGUCGAGCAGCAGCUUUCUGGCUGCGGCCCAGACGCGGUGGAGACGCGGCAGCACGCGGCGGCAGGCCCUGGUGCACAUGAGGGAACUGCUCACCGCCGCCGUCCGAGUUGGCGGAGUCACACACCUGGUGGGGCCCGUUACCAUGGUACUGCAGGGGGGACCCAGGAUUGAGGAGCUGACGUGUGGCGGCAUGGUGGAGCAGGUCCAGGAGGCGUUUGGGGAGACCAUGACCUCGGUGGUGUCCCUCUGCGCCCGAUACCCCAUCGCCUGCGCCAACAGCAUCGGCAUGCUCUGCACCAUCCCCUACACCAGGAGUGAGGAGCAGUGUCUGGUGCGCAGUGGCCUGGUGCAGCUGAUGGACCGGCUAUGCAGCCUGAGUAGCCAGCGGGAGAGCAGCUCCAGCGAGAAGCAGACCCGCAAGCAGAAGGUGGCCGCCAUGGCCUGGGCCGCCUUCCAGGUGCUCGCCAACCGCUGCAUCGAGUGGGAGAAGGUGGAAGGCGGCUCGGCCGACACGGUGCACUCUGGGCUGGCCAGACAGGUGUCCACGCUGCUGACCAAUCAUCUGGCGCGCGCCACCGAGUGCUGCGGCAACCAGGCGGCAGGCAACGACGCUCUGCAAGACGUACUCAGCCUGCUCAACGACCUCUCCAGGAGCCACAUUGGCAAGGCCAUCCUGAGCCAGCCGGCGUGCGUGUCCAAGCUGCUGUCGCUGCUGCUGGACCAGCGGCCGUCUCCCAAGCUGGUGCUGAUCAUCCUGCAGCUGUGCCGCGCGGCGCUGCCGCUGAUGAGUGUGGAGGACUGCGGCCGCGUGGCCCUGCCCUCCUGGAGCUACUCCAUACACGCCCUGGAGGCCGAGCAGCGCGACGCCAGCGACCCCGCCUCACGCAUCGCCGCCCUGCUGCUGGCCAAGCUGGCAGACUACGUGGUGCCAGGCUGCCAGACGCUGCUGUCCCCCAGCUUGUCCGACCUGGAUGCCAGCCUGUCCCGCUCCAGCCCCAAGGGGGCGCUCAAAUCAGACAAGGAGGGCGGCGAGGAGAGCGAGGCUGUGGACGGCAAGCUGUCCAUCUUCAUCCACAAGCGAGAGGACCAGUCUUCCCACGAGGUGCUGCAGCCCCUGCUCAGUAGCUCGGAGGGACGGCCGUUCCGCCUGGGUACGGGAGCUAACAUGGAGAAGGUGGUGAAGAUGGACAGGGACAUGACCAAGACGGGCUGCUGUGAGGUGGUGACAGAGGAGGCCGCGGCGGCCCUGAGGAAGGCCAACAAGUGGGCCCAGUCUGGGCUGAUCGUCAGCGUGGGGCCCCCCGUGGAGACCCUGGCUCAGGAGACGUCUGGGGCCACCACCACCGGGGACAAGAAGAAGAGCGCCCAGACCGCUGUCUGCAGAGACAGGAACGCGGACCUCGCCAGGUCGGACCCGGUGCGUCCCUUCAUCAGUGGCCAUGUGGCCAACAGCAUGGCUGCCGAGGUCAUCGCUCUCCUCCACAGCCUCCUCACCGCCCCUGAGUCCAACACCGCACAGAUCUGGACCAGCACCGCAGAGAAGGUGUUGUCUCGGGCGCUGAUGUUCAUCCCGCAGCUGGGCAAGUAUGCGGAGAGCAUCCUGGAGAGCGGCAGCAGCAGCGGCAGGAAGCUGGCCACACUGCAGGCCAUCGGCAGGCAGGCUGUCGCAGCACUCUGCGCCCUGGGGGGCUUCAAGGAGACCAUCAAGAUCGGAUCAGAGGUCCAGGUGGUGGGUAAAGGUGUGCUGGGCAGUGUAGGCGUGGUGAUGUCCAUUAACGAGCAAGAGGGCAUUGCCACAGUGAAGUUCCCAUCAUGCGAGUACAGGCGAGCGUGCAAGGCCUCAGACGUGCUGACUGUGCCCAUAUCACGCCUCUGCACCCCGCGCUCAGAGGCGCUGCCCCUGUACAAGCUGUCCAUCACGGAGAAGGUGGUGCAGGCGGUGCAGUCCAUGCUACUACCACAAGAGGGCAGUCUGUCCAUCCACACCUCGCUGCCCGCAUCAGGGGACGGCUCCAGCCCCGUCAUGGCCGCCGUGCGGCUACUGGCAGAGAUACGCACCAGGGCGUGCCUGGUGAUGGCUCAGCUGCUGGAGGACAGCAUGUUCUGUGAGGAGUUUAUCCAACAGUGUCCUGCUGCGGUGGAGGUGCUGAACCUGGUGGCCCAGGAGUGCAGCCCUGGUGAGCGUUUGGGCAUGGUGGAGUCUCAGUGUGAGCGUCUGAGGAUGCUCUACCGAGACUGCGCCCGCCCCCCUCCUCCCCCGCUCCAGACCGACAGGCGACAGCCCAAGGAGAUCACGUGGUGCCCGUCGCGGGUCUUCCCCCCGGUGCGCGCCUGCAUGUUCUCCUCCCACCUGACCUCCGUGACCUUCCUGGCCGACCCCAGUGCAGGGGGCGGGCUCCCCCGGGGCACCUUCAUCUACGCCACAUCACCUGUGCCUGUGCAGGCUCCUUCCUUCUACUGGGAGAUUGAGAUUGUUUCCUAUGGAGAUUCAGAAGAUGACAGUGGCCCCAUUGUAUCCUUCGGCUUUGCCACCGAGGCGGAGAAGAGGGACGGGGCCUGGACCAACCCAGUGGGCACCUGCCUCUUCCACAAUAAUGGCCGAGCUGUGCACUAUAAUGGCUCCAGUCUACUGCAGUGGAAGAGUGUGCGGCUGGACGUGGCACUGCUGCCUGGUGAUGUAGCAGGUAUUGGGUGGGAGCGCUCGGAGGGCACCCCUCCGCCCCCGGGCCAGCCCCCCAAGGGGCGUGUGUACUUCACCUACUGUGGCCAGAGGCUCAGCCCCUACCUGGAGGAGGUGGCCGGGGGCAUGUGGCCGCUCGUACACAUCCAGAAGAAGAACACGAAGAUCCGUGCCAACUUUGGCUGCCGCCCGUUUGCGUACGCAGAGGGCCAGGCGCACCGCAAUGCGGCCGACCUGUGCGUGGACCUGUCGGAGGAGAUCAGCGCCAACUUCGAGGCCCUGCCCUUCGCCAUGGCGUCGGACAGCGACAACGAUGCAGGCACCAGCGUGGCAUCUGACCCCGGCUCCCAGGGUCCGCCCUGCCGCAUCGCAGCCGUGGCAACCACCCAGCAACAGUACAACAGCGAUGCGUCGUGCCACUACAAGGUGGAGCUGAGUUAUGAGAACCUGGUGACCUCGGGGCCCGACUCCCACCCCCCGCCCCUGGCAGACGAUGAGAGCGACGAUGAGGAUGACGAGGACAUGCCCAGGGAGGAUCACUAUGCCCUGUUGGUGAAGGCCUGGGAGACGAAGGUGUUCCCCACCAUCCGGCGGCGCUUCCGUAACGAGGCGGAGAGGAAGUCUGGCCUGGACCAGAUCAAAGGAGCCCUGCAGCUCGGCAUGGUGGACAUUGCCAGGCAGACGGUGGAGUUCCUGUAUGAGGAGAACGGCGGCAUCCCCAUUUACCUUCCCACCAUAGAGGACAUCAAGGACGAGGCCAACAAGUUCACCAUCGACAAAGUCCGCAAAGGGCUGAUGGUGGUGAUCCGUUGUCCAGACAGCAACAACACCAGUAGCACCACGGGGGGCAUGGCACUGCCCAAGUUCGCCAUCAGGGGCAUGCUCAAGACCUUCGGCCUGCACGGGGUCGUCCUGGACGUGGACUCGGUGAAUGAACUCGUGCAGGUGGAGACGUACCUGCGUAGCGAGGGUGUGCUGGUGCGCUACUGGUACCCCAUCGAGAUGCUGGAGCGCCCCCCGGCUGGCUCUCGCAGAACUGCGGCCAACGGCCUUGUCUCUCUGGACAGCAGCAACAUCCAGAUACACAGGGAGCUGUUGAGGUGUGAGAGUGCGUUGGCGCGCCUCUACUGCCGCAUGGCACUGCUCAACAUCUUCGCCCCCAAGAGUCCCCACACCUUCACGCGGCUCUUCCACAUCCCGGCCGUGCGAGACAUCACCCUCGAACACCUGCAGCUCCUCUCCAAUCAGCUGCUCGCUCCACCACUGCCAGACGGUACGAUCAGCUCCAGCUCCAUCCUGCUGGCCCAGUCGGUGCUGCACAACCUGCAGGGCCAGAGCUGCUCCCCCACGGAGCUCUUCUACCAGGGCAACGCCCAGACCAUCUCCGAGUGGCUGACCGUGGCCAUCACGCGCGCCCUGCACCAGGGGGACGACAGCCUGCUCGACCUCACCAAGCAGAUCUGCUGCUUCCUGCAGAACGCUCCUGAUCAGUUCACCUCUGAGGAGUUCCCUGUGACCGAGUCCAAGGUCAGCAUGGACGUCAACUUCCCCGGAGCUGCUUUUGUGGUCGUCUCCUGCAAGGAGAGCCAACAGGGAUGCCGCAAAGACUCUUCGCUCUACAAGGCCCCGUGGGCGCGGGUGCUGGUGUACGGCCUGGGCCACAAGGUGCGGCGUAACGGCCAGCUGAGUCUGAUGGAGGCCGUGUGCUACCCUCUAGACGCCUCGCCCUCCAACACGGGGCUCACGCCACCACCCACCACACACCAGUACCCCUCCAUAGUCAUACCCACCGACAAGGUUCACAUCAAACUGGGUGUUUCGCCUCCUCCUGGCACGGUGCUGGUACUGCACUCGCUGCCUCUGGAGUUUCCGCUGGCCAUGGCCUUCGCGGAGCAGCUGCUGACGUGGACGCUAGGCGAGGGGGGCGGAGAGCAUGGCAGCUCAGACGACGAGGCCGACACCGUGCCCUCAGCCGUGCUGCUGCAGGUGGUCGAGCUGCUCGGCGGCCUCCUGUGGACCACGGACCUGGCUCCCUGCAUCAAGGAGCUGCUGUUCCACCUGCUGGCGGAGCUGUUCCGCAAGAUCCACCAGCUGGAGCAGCGUCGCAGCCUGGGCAGCCCCAACCCGCCGGCGGCCCUGCUCUCCAGCUCCAUCGCCCUGCUCCUCAACCCCUGCCUGGCCGUGCUCAUGGCCCUGCAGAGCGAGCUGCGCAAGCUGUACGACCGCGAGACGCAGGGCUGGCUGCAGACCGUCGGAGGCGCCAGCGGAGGGGGAGGUGUUGGGAGUGGCGGUUCGUCCGGGGCUCAGGCUGCGGCAGCAGCAGCAGCAGCUGCGGCGGUGGCCCUGGCCUCGGAGCAGAGCCGCUUCUCCACGUACUUCCACGCGCUCAUGGAGGUCUGCCUGGCCGUGGCCGAGGUCACCCUGCCGCUCAGCGUGGGCGGCUCGGGUUCCGGCUCCGUGGGGGUCGGAGGCGGCGGUCCGGGAGGUCCCGCCCUCACGUCCUCCAGCGCCCCCAACCUCAGCGACUCUUCCUCCUCCUCGUCAUCCUCGCCGGGCCAGACGCCACACAGCCCCAGCCUGCUGUCCAAGCGCAAGAAGGUGAAGCUGAAGCGGGAACGCGGCGCGGUGGCUACAAUGGCAGCGGCAGCGUCGGGAAAACGCGGCUCCGGCGGCGCGGCACACCUCUCCGAGAGCGACAGUGCCUUGCUCAACAUGGCGGGCGGCAAACCCGAAGACAUGCUGUGGUUCCACCGCGGGCUCACGCUACUCAUCAUCCUGCGGCACCUGGCCAGCAAGGACCCCCAGGGGCUGAGCGUCACAGGGGACGCGGUAGCAGAUGCGUGCCAGGCCCUGGUGGGGCCCACGGCCCACAGUCGUCUGCUGGUCAUCUCGGGCGUGCCCACUCACCUGGAGGAGUCCGCCGUGCGCUCGGCCAUCAGGAGGGCCUGCAACGCUCACGGGGGGCUGUUCAAGGACGAGAUCUUCAUCCCCCUGCAGGACGAGGACCCCAAGAAGCCCAUCAAGGGCUGCGUGCCCACGCCACAGGACGGGAGGCCCCCGGCGGAACGCCUCACCCCCGCUGCAGGCCCCCAGGGAGGCAUGGUCCAUGUGGGUCCCGUGAUGGGUGUGGGGGGCCUUGUAGUAGUCAGUGGUCUUGGGCCCCGGGCUGAGAGCCCCGACAGCUCCAGCAGUGCCACCCCCGCACGCAGCGUCACCGCCUCCAACUCCGCCUCCACCAGCCAGACCUCCGUCUGCAGCUCCUCCCAGGGUGGAGGAGGAGGAGGUGGAGGAGGUAGUGGAGGGUCUCGGACCGCCAGCGAGCUCUCUGUAGACCAGGAGCCGUUGCCUGGUUCUCCUGCCGCAGCGGCGGCUGCAACUGGUGCUAAUAACCUAGUGCCUCCACCCACCCCGCCGCCCCCUCCACCACCACCAGCACUGGGGCCAGGCGGGGUAGGACACCACCACCACCACCACCCUGUCCCGGGCCAGGAGCCCCCUCACAACGUGUCCAGCCAGGAGAGCCUGGACAUCUCGCUGUGCAGCACGGGGAGUUUGGGGAGCCUAGGGAGUCUCGGGGAGCCCCCGGAUAGCGCAGGGUCGGAUGCAGCCUCGGGGUCGGACGCCGGCUCCAUGUACACAGUGACCUCGCUGGACAACAACGCCAGCCUCAGCCGCCCCAUCAAGGGAUACGCAGUCAUAGAGGUCAGAGCUCGUGCCAAGGUGGAGAAGAUCAGGGCCAGCCUCUUCAACAGCAGCGACCUGAUUGGCUUGUCCAGCCUGGAGGGGGAGGAGGAGCUUAUGGAGAUGACCAAUGAGGAGAUCCUGACGGCCUCCAGUGUCAACCAGAGCCUGUUCGACACGCAAGGCAGCUCCGCUCUGGAGGACUACUUCCUGGAUAAGACCAUACGAGGUGACAAGCUGGUCCCGGGUGCGCGCGACGUGCUGACGGACAUCUAUAAGAGCUGCAUUCUGUCGGAGCAGAUGCUGAGCCUGACCCCGGCCAAGCCCUUCAAGGUCACGGACGUCUACCUCAGCAAGGAGCAGAUCAACUCGCAGACGCCCGGCAACCUGCUGCAUGUCUUCUUCACGCACGUGCGGCCGCCCAAGAAGGUGCUGGAGGACCAGCUCACGCAGGUAAUUCUGCGGAAGUACGGCACGGCAAAGCCGAACAAGAGCAAGUACAGCAAGGCAGGCAAGGAGCAGCACCAGGGCAAAGUAGUCAGCACCAAGAGAGCCAUCACCAAGCCACCCAGCAAGGAGAAGAGUGUACUCAACAGCGUCAGGACGGCGCUGAGUGAGAAGAAGCCGGUGCUUAAGCCAAAGUCUCCAGAGAAGGCUCGGCCAGACGAGAAGGACCUGGAGAAAUCCCCCGCCAAGAAGCUAGAAGUGCCAGAGGAGAAGUACCUGACUCUGGAGGGUUUCCACAAGUUUGCAGUGGACCGGGCCAAGCAGGACAUCCGCAGUGUGUGGCGGGCCGUACUGGCCUGUGGCUACGACCUCCACUUCGAAAGGUGCACGUGUAUCGACGCGCGCCAUGCCCAGAAGGCGAGCCGCAAGUGGUCCCUGGAGAUGGACGUGGCGCUGGUGCAGUACAUCAACCGGCUGUGCCGCCAUCUUGCCAUCACCCCCGCACGACUCCACCCCCACGAGGUCUACCUCGACCAGUCGGACGCAGCCGACCCCCGCGUAGCCUGCCUGCUAGGUGUCCCGGUGGAGAGUCUGCGUCUGCGCUUCGCUCUGCUGCAGUCCCUCAACAACACGCUGGAGAGCUUCUUCCUACCACUGGUGGAGCUCAGGCAGACGCACACCUACCAGAACAGCAUCGCAGCCCUGCUCCGAGACGCCAAAGGUUUGAUCUUCUACGACACCAAAGUGACUGUGAUGAACAGAGUCCUCAACGCCACCGUGCAGCGCACAGCUGAUCACGCGGCCCCCGAGAUCACACUGGACCCCCUGGAGAUAGUAGGAGGUGAGAUCCGCUCUCCAGAGAACACCUAUUUCUGCCAGGCGGCGCGGCAGCUUGCAACGGUGCCCUCGUCACAGCUGUGUGUGAAGCUGGCCAGCGGGGGAGACCCCACCUACGCCUUCAACAUCCGCUUCACUGGGGAGGAGGUCCACGGAACCAGCGGGUCGUUUCGUCAUUUCCUGUGGCAGGUGUGUAAGGAGCUGCAGGGCUCGGCGUUGUCUCUCCUGCUGCCCUGCCCCAGCGCCGCAGCCAAUCGCAACAAGGGCAAGUUCAUCCUGACGCCGUGCCCCAUCAGCUAUGCGGAGGAGCAGCUGCUGCACCUGCUGGGCCAGCUGCUGGGCAUCGCCAUCCGGGCGGACGUGCCGCUGCCCCUGGACCUGCUGGGCUCCUUCUGGAAGGGGCUGGUGGGGGAGCCCCUGGACCACGACGCCGACCUGCAGGAGGCUGACCUGCUCACCUACAACUACGUCAAGAAGUUCGAGAGCGUGUGUGACGAGUCUGAGCUGGAGGCGUUGUGUGCGGAGAUGGCGUCUCAGGGCCACGGGGCGGGUGAGAGCCCCGACUCCCCCAGCCGGCCCUGCUGCACCUUCACCUACAUCACCAUGACCGGCGAGGAGGUGGAGCUGUGUCCCGGGGGACGACACCUGCCCGUCAGUUGGGAGAACAAGGACGUGUAUGCGCGUGCGGUGCGAGCGCUGCGUAUGCGUGAGCUGCAGAGCGUGGAGUGCAUGGCGGCGGUGAGGGCGGGACUGGCCUCCAUCAUCCCCCUGCAGCUGCUCACCAUGCUCAGCCCCCUGGAGAUGGAGCUGCGCACCUGUGGCACGCCGCACAUCAACCUGGAGUUCCUCAAGGCCCACACCAUGUAUCAGGUGGGGCUGAUGGAGACGGACCAGCACAUCGAGUUCUUCUGGACGGCGCUGGAGAUGUUCACGCAGGAGGAGCUGUGCAAGUUCAUCAAGUUCGCCUGCAACCAGGAGCGCAUCCCCUUCACCUGCCCCUGCAAGGACGGGGGGCCCGACACCGCACACGUGCCACCGUACCCCAUGAAGAUUGCACCGCCUGACGGCACCAUCGGUUCUCCAGACUCUCGCUUCAUCCGCGUGGAGACGUGCAUGUUCAUGGUGAAGCUGCCACAGUACUCCUCUCUGGACGUCAUGCUGGAGAAACUGCGAUAUGCCAUACACUACCGCGAGGACCCCCUCAGUGGAUAAACACACACACACACACACACACACACACACACACACACACACACACACACACACACACACACACACACACACACACACACACACUGGAUUCACCAUCCACUACUGCAAGGAGCCCUUCGGUGGAUACCCCCCCCCCCAGCAGAUAACCUCCCAACUCAAAUAACUUCUCCCUGCCAUCAACUCCUCCUCAGUCCCCCACCUCUGUAGGCCAAAUCCCAACCUCCACUCCAUGUAUCAGUAUGUCUUCUCUACCACUUUCAUCCCCACAGUUGCCCUCUUCUGGAAAUGCCCUCUCUAGUCUGCAUCCCACACUCCACUCCACUCCAGAAUCCCCUGCAUCCCACUCCCUGCUCCGCUCCCCUCAACAGUGCUCUCUGACGCCCCCCACAGGGAGGCAAAAGAAGUGGAGUCUACUUACGUAUCUACUUCAGUCGAUGACUACUACUGGUUAUUUUAGAAAUCCACCGUCGCAUUUGCUGUGAGGUGGUUUUCUCUCUCCCCCGGCCUCUUCUCUUCUCGCGAAAUGGAGCUUUGCUAGAGGGGGGGAGGGGCUGGACUACUAAUGGAAGAUUAAAGCCACCAUCGGCUAGUCUGUAGUCUGAGGUUUUUGUCGUUUUGUUUUUUAUUAUUAUUAAUUUAUUUUAAUGAUUCGCAUCUUCUCAUUUUCUCCUCAAUCUUAUCUCCCUCUCUCUGCCCAAGAAGGACUGUUUUUUUUAAUGAUUGUUUUUUAAGUAAUUUUAUUUUUGCGUCAGGCCUUUUCUUCAGUGCAGUGAGGUUGAUUCGCAGCUUUAAAUCCAGGGAGAAGAGGACAGGAGAAGGAAGAGGAGCAGCUUUGUGGAGGUGCCUGUUCUUACCGCCAGUUAUAAAAGUCCACACACAGCCAAUGCAGAGGCCAGCCCAGCACACCAGAGAGAGUGACUGACUGGCUUGAAUGAGUGAAGGUGGGAGUGAUAAUUGAAGAUCUCUGAGGCCUUCACGACUGUUAAAGCAACAGUGUGAUGGAGCGGGCAUAAGUAGGGCUGUGGUUGCGCUCUGACUGUCAUAUCAUGUCAACGAGCCUGGUUCUUUGGCUGUCAUAUCGCAUUAACGAGCCUGGUUCUUUGGAGCACCAAACUUGUGAUUUCUUUCACACACCUCGGCAGACAGGUGCGUAGGAGAUGGCCCAUGGGUCACUAGUCAAUAGACGAUUUGAAACAACUCAUGCAACACUGACCAUUUCGCUGUGGUUUUGUUAAAUGUGUCUGGUGAAGGUGGAAACACAUCGUGUAUUAAAGAAAAAGGCGCAAUGGUCA